GCCGCGGCACGGCCGGCACCGCGCGGGGCUCAGCGGGGCUCGGCCCGCCCGCUCCCGCACCCUCGCACCGCGCCCGCCGCAGCGCGAGCGGGACCACCACCACCACCAGCAGGAGCAGGAGGAGGAGGAAAGCACCGUCCGCGCACAGCCAGCGGCGGCAGCAGCGAGGGGCGGCCGGGCGGGGCGGGGAGGGGACACAGCGCCCCCCGCCCGCCGCCGCCUCACGGGGCCGGCACCGGGACCCCCGCCCGCCCCGCGUCCCGCACGGACCCGCCGCCCUCCGCGCCGCCCCCGCCCGGGGGGGGCCGCACCUGGACGCGGAAGGGCGGCCCCGGGCCCCCCCCGCCGCCGCUGCUCCUCCUCCGCCGCUGCUCCCCCCGGCCCCGGGGAGAGGGGGCCGCGCCCGCCCGUGCGCGCAGCGGAGCGGGGCCCCCCCGGCUGAGGAUUACCGAGGGCGGGUAACGAGGAGCAGCGCCCCGAGCCCGGCGCCGCCGCGUCCCCUCCCGGCCGCGGAGCCCCGCAGGGCCGAGGGGCCGGAGCGCGGCGGCCGCCCCGGGCAGGGCCGGGGGUCGCGCCGGGGGCCGCCCGCCUCGCCCCGAGCCCCCCGGGCCGCCCCGCCAGACAUGCCCCGCCGUGGCGGCCCGGCUCGCCGAGGAUCAUGACUGCGGCGGCGAACUGGGUGGCGAACGGGGCCAGCCUGGAGGACUGUCACUCCAACCUCUUCUCGCUGGCUGAACUGACGGGCAUCAAAUGGCGUAGGUACAACUUUGAGGGGCACGGGGACUGCGGGCCCAUCAUCUCGGCCCCGGCCCAGGAUGAUCCCAUCCUGCUCAGCUUCAUCCGCUGCCUGCAGGCCAACCUGCUGUGCGUGUGGCGCCGCGACGUCAAACCCGACUGCAAGGAGCUCUGGAUAUUCUGGUGGGGGGACGAGCCCAACCUGGUGGACGUCAUCCAUCGAGAGCUGCACAUGGUGGAAGAAGGAUUCUGGGAGAAUGGACUUUCCUAUGAGUGUAGGACCCUGCUCUUCAAAGCAAUUCAUAAUCUUCUGGAAAGAUGCCUGAUGGAUAAAAACUUCGUGAGAAUUGGAAAAUGGUUCAUCAGACCCUAUGACAAGGAUGAGAAGCCUGUUAACAAAAGUGAACACUUGUCCUGUGCCUUCACCUUCUUCCUGCACGGGGAAAGCAACGUGUGCACCAGCGUGGAGAUCGCUCAGCACCAGCCCAUCUACCUGAUCACUGAGGAGCACAUCCAGAUGGCACAGUCCUCCCCCUCGCCCUUCCAAGUGCUGGUGAGUCCCUACGGGCUCAACGGGACCCUCACGGGCCAGUCCUACAAGAUGUCUGACCCAGCCACGAGGAAGCUGAUGGAGGAGUGGCAGUACUUCUACCCCAUGGUGCUGAAGAAGAAAGAAGGCAUGAAAGAGGAGGAGGAGCUGGGCUAUGACAACGAUUUCCCCGUGGCAGUCGAAGUCAUUGUUGGUGGUGUGAGGAUGGUGUAUCCUUCAGCCUUUGUUCUCAUCUCCCAGAGUGACAUCCCCGUGUCACAGAGCGCUGCCGGCGCCGGAGGCCACGGAAAUGUGGGACAGCAGGGGCUGGGAAGCGUGAAGGACCCUGCCAGUACCUGUGGGAUGCCACUCACUCCCCCCACCUCUCCAGAGCAGGCUGUUCUGGGAGAAAGUGGCUGCUCUCAGAGCAGCCUCAGCCACUCAGCUGUGCAGGAGGGCACAGUCAGUGUCCACAGUCCAAAGAAAUCAAGCAAGAUUACUCCAAAAUUCCACAACCGAAUGGUUCACCGUGUCUGGAAGGAAUGCAUCCUCAACAGGGCACAGUCCAAGAGGAAUCAAAUUACAACUGCAAAUUUGGAAGAGGAAGUUCCUAACAAUACUGUUUCAUGGGAUUUCGUGGAUCCAGUCCAAAGAGUCAGUUGUUUUUGUUCCAGGCACAAGGUGUUGAAGCAGCGCUGUGCCGCCGGCUCCAGCCGUCCCCCCACGAUAAACCCGCCCGCGUUCGCCGUGGGAGCCGCGGCAGCCUCGGCGCUGCCCCCUCCCGCCUCCUCAAAGCACAAAACCACCGAGAGGCAGGAGAAGGCAGAGAAACUGCAGAAGAGGCCCAUGAUGCCCUUUCACCACCGGCCCUCUGUGACUGAAGAGCUAUGCAUGGAGCAGGACACGCCGGGGCAGAAACUGGGGUUGGCCGGGAUGGAGCCCUCCUUGGACGUCCCGAACCCCAGGAAGUACGAGAAGCCGCUCUCUCUACCUGCUAGAAAUCCAAGCAAGCAAAUUAAUAUGAAUCCUAUGGAUUCACCCCGUUCCCCCACUUCCCCUCUGCCCCCCACUCUGAGCCCCCAGCCCCGAGGGCAGGAAGCAGAGAGCCUGGACCCCCCCUCCGUCCCCGUCAACCCAGCGCUGUACGGCAGCGGGCUGGAGCUGCAGCCCCUGCCCAGCCUGGACGACAGGACAGUCCUGGUGGGCCAGAGGUUACCUCUGAUGGCAGAGGUCAGCGAGACAGCCUUGUACUGUGGCACAGCCCCCAGCAGCGAGGCUGGGGACGUGUGGAGGACCUACAGCGUCCCCUCGAGCGACGACGGCGAGUUCCGGCCGCCGGAGCUGCCCUGUGACAGGUAUGACGGCAAGAUGGAGGGGAACCCCGACAGCACUGCACUGAAAAGGCUCUUGGCACAGCCCAACAAACGGUUCAAAAUCCUGGAGGAGCAGAAGCCGGCGCAGCCCCUGAGCUACCUGGAGCCUUUGGCUCUGCUGCAGCAGCCUGGGGAGGGCUGGGGGGACACCAGUGACCCCUACACCUUCGAGGAUGGGGACAUCAAGUACAGCUUCACCGUCAACAAGAAGUGCAAACUGGGGGCCGAGAAGGAUCCUUCGAAGAAGCCCAAGCCAGAAGAUGGAAUUGGUGCCAAGGAAAUCCCCCCAACGGGACAUUCCACACCAGUUCCUGAUGGAAAAGAUGCCAUGUCCAUUUUCAGUUCUGCCCCUAAGGCUGACACCCGGCAGGACAGCGCUGCCGGCCGGGGCGGCUCCGGGAGCCUCACCCAGGUGACGGAUCUGGCUCCAUCCCUGCACGACCUGGACAACAUCUUUGACAAUUCAGAUGAAGAUGAGCUUGGGGCCGUGUCCCCAGCCCUUCGCUCCUCCAAGCUGCCGCCGGCGGGGUCCGAGGAGCGGCCGGUGGGCAAGGACGGCAGGACGGCGGUUCCGUACCCCCCCACUGUGGCAGAUCUCCAAAGGAUGUUCCCAACACCACCUUCUUUAGAACAGCACCCUGCCUUCUCCCCAGUGAUGAGUUACAAAGAUGGAAUAAGCUCAGAGACUGUGACCACCCUGGGCAUGAUGGAGAGUCCUAUGGUCAGCAUGGUCCCAACACAGCUUGCUGAGUUCAAAAUGGAGGUGGAAGAUGGGUUAGGUAGCCCCAAACCUGAAGAAAUCAAGGACUUCUCGUACGUGCACAAAGUUCCAUCAUUUCAACCUUUCGUGGGCUCCUCCCUGUUUGCUCCACUGAAGAUCCUGCCCAGCCAGUGCCUCCUACCCCUGAAGAUCCCAGACACCUGCAUCUUCAGGCCUUCGUGGGCUGUUCCUCCCAAAAUCGAGCAGCUCCCUCUGCCGCCCGCAGCCACUUUCAUCAGAGACGGCUACAACAACGUGCCUAGCGUGGGGAGCCUGGCGGACCAGGACUACCUGCAGAUGAGCACCCCCCAGAUGAGCACCCCGGUGACCCUCAACAGCGCGGCCCCCGCCAGCAACAGCGGGGCGGGGGUGCUGCCGUCCCCCGCCACCCCACGCUUCUCGGUGCCCACCCCGCGCACGCCCCGCACGCCCCGCACGCCCCGGGGCGGGGGCACCGCCAGCGGCCAGGGCUCCGUCAAGUACGACAGCACCGACCAGGGCUCCCCCGCCUCCACCCCCUCCACCACGCGGCCGCUCAACUCGGUGGAGCCGGGCACGGUGCAGCCCAUCCCCGAGGCCCACAGCCUGUACGUCACCCUCAUCCUCUCCGACUCCGUGCUCAACAUCUUCAAGGACAGGAACUUCGACAGCUGCUGCGUCUGCGCCUGCAACAUGAACAUCAAGGGCGCCGACGUGGGGCUCUACAUCCCGGACUCGUCCAACGAGGACCAGUACCGCUGCACCUGCGGCUUCAGCGCCAUCAUCAACCGCAAGCUGGGCUACAACUCCGGGCUCUUCAUCGAGGACGAGCUCGACAUCUUCGGCAAGACCUCGGACAUCGGCCAGGCCGCGGAGCGGAGGCUGAUGGUCUGUCAGAGCAGCCUGAUGGCGCAGAUGGGAGAGGGAGCCAGGAGGAGCCAGGAGCCCCCCAUGAGCCUCCUGCUGCUCCUGCAGAACCAGCACACGCAGCCCUUCACGUCGCUGAGCUGCCUGGAUUACAUGUCCUCCAACAACCGGCAGGCGCUGCCCUGCACGAGCUGGAGCUACGACCGGCUGCAGGCCGACAGCAACGACUCCUGGGUGGAGUGUUUCAACGCCCUGGAGCAGGGCCGGCAGUACGUGGACAACCCCACGGGGGGCAAGGUGGACGAGGCCCUCGUACGAAGUGCCACCGUCCAUUCCUGGCCUCACAGCAACGUGCUGGACAUCAGCAUGCUCUCCUCCCAGGACGUGGUGCGCAUGCUGCUCUCGCUCCAGCCCUUCCUCCAGGAUGCCAUCCAGAAGAAGAGAACGGGAAGGACCUGGGAGAACAUCCAGCACGUGCAGGGACCACUCACCUGGCAGCAAUUCCAUAAGAUGGCAGGACGGGGAACCUACGGCUCUGAGGAGUCCCCGGAGCCUCUCCCGAUCCCGACGUUACUCGUGGGCUAUGACAAGGACUUCCUGACAAUCUCUCCCUUCUCCUUGCCCUUCUGGGAGAGGCUCUUGCUGGACCCAUACGGGGGCCAUCGGGACGUCGCCUACAUCGUGGUGUGUCCGGAAAACGAGGCCUUGCUCGACGGAGCCAAAACUUUCUUCAGGGACUUGAGCGCUGUAUACGAGAUGUGCAGGCUGGGCCAGCACAAGCCCAUCUGCAAAGUGCUGCGUGACGGGAUCCUGCGGGUGGGCAGGAGCGCGGCCCCCACGCUGCCCGAGGAGCUGGGCACCGAGUGGCUCACCCAGCCCUGGGGCCCCGAGGACGGGGACAAUCAUUCCAGGCUCAAACUCUACGCCCAGGUCUGCCGCCAUCACCUCGCACCUUACUUAGCCACCCUGCAGCUGGACAGCAGCCUGCUGCUGCCCCCCAAGUACCCGAGCCCUGCCCCAGCCAGCCAGGCCCAGGCAGCUCCCGGGACCGCGGGACCCGCUCCCUCCAACCCCUCGUGUGUCUCCGCCGCGGCCACGGGCAGCUCCUUCAGCUCCACGCCCAGCGCCGGCACCACCAGCCUUCCCGCCGGGAGCACCUCCUCCUCCGGCUCCUCCGUGCCGCUGUCAGCGUCCUCUGCCACCCCCAGCACUGCCCCGAUGCCGGGCAGCUCCUCCACGCCCGGGUUCAGCGGGAAUGCCGGCCCCGGGCAGGGCGGGGCCGCGGCAGAGCGAUCCCAGGGCAGCGUCCCCGCGGCCGACCCGGAGCAGGGGCAGAGCCUGCCCCAGCAGCAGGAGGGGCAGGAAGGGGUCCCCGAGCGGGAGCGGAUCGGGGUCCCCACGGAGCCGGAGGCGGCCGACAGCAACGCCUACCCCCCUGCCGUGGUCAUCUACAUGGUGGACCCCUUCACCUACACUGCAGAGGAGGAGUCUGCCUCAGCCAACUUCUGGCUCCUGAGUCUCAUGAGAUGCUACACAGAAAUGUUGGAUAACUUGCCUGAGAACAUGAGGAAUUCUUUCAUUCUCCAGAUUGUGCCUUGCCAGUACAUGCUGCAGACAAUGAAGGAUGAGCAGGUUUUCUACAUCCAGCACUUGAAGUCCCUGGCGUUCUCCGUGUACUGCCAGUGCAGGAGGCCCCUGCCCACCCAGAUCCACAUCAAGUCCCUCACGGGCUUUGGGCCAGCUGCCAGCAUUGAGAUGACCCUCAAAAACCCCGAGAGGCCCAGCCCCAUCCAGCUGUACUCACCUCCUUUCAUCCUGGCACCCAUCAAAGACAAGCAGACAGAGCUGGGAGAGACCUUUGGGGAGGCCAGUCAGAAGUACAACGUGCUGUUUGUGGGGUACUGCCUGUCCCACGACCAGCGCUGGCUCCUGGCGUCCUGCACCGACCUGCACGGGGAGCUGCUGGAGACCUGCAUCGUCAACAUCGACGUGCCCAGCAGGUCGAGGAGGAGCAAGUUGUCUGCCCGGAAGAUCGGGCUGCAGAAGCUCUGGGAAUGGUGCAUUGGGAUUGUCCAGAUGACAUCCCUGCCCUGGAGGGUCGUCAUCGGGCGGCUGGGCCGGCUGGGCCACGGGGAGCUGAAAGACUGGAGCAUCCUCCUGGGGGAGUGUUCCCUGCAGACAAUCAGCAAGCAGCUCAAGGAGGUUUGCCGCAUGUGCGGCAUCUCGGCGGCAGAUUCCCCGUCCAUCCUCAGCGCCUGCCUGGUCGCCAUGGAGCCACAGGGCUCCUUCGUGGUCAUGCCAGAUGCUGUCACCAUGGGCUCCGUGUUCGGCCGGAGCACGGCGCUGAACCUGCAGUCGUCCCAGCUCAACACCCCCCAGGACGCCUCCUGCACACACAUCCUGGUGUUCCCAACCUCUGCCACCAUCCAGGUGGCACCAGCAAAUUACCCCAACGAGGAUGGGUUCAGCCCCACAAACGAUGACAUGUUUGACCUCCCAUUCCCAGAUGACAUGGACAAUGACAUUAGAAUUUUAAUAACAGGGAAUCUUCACUCUUCACCAAAUUCCUCCCCAGUUCCUUCCCCUGGAUCACCAUCUGGCACUGGAGUGGGGUCUCACUACCAUCACAGCAGGAGCCAGGGGGAACGUCUCCUGUCCAGGGAAGCCCCUGAAGAGCUGAAGCAGCAGCCUCUGGCCCUGGGAUACUUCGUGUCGACUGCCAAAGCUGAGAACCUUCCACAGUGGUUCUGGUCCUCCUGCCCUCAGGCACAGAACCAGUGUCCCCUCUUCCUGAAGGCCUCACUGCAUCACCACAUCUCUGUAGCGCAGACAGACGAGCUCCUACCUGCCAGAAAUUCUCAGCGAGUUCCUCACCCCCUUGACUCUAAAACUACAUCAGAUGUCUUGAGGUUCGUGCUGGAGCAGUACAACGCGCUGUCCUGGCUCACGUGUAACCCGGCCACCCAGGACCGCAGCUCCUGCCUGCCCGUGCACUUCGUGGUGCUCACCCAGCUCUACAACGCCAUCAUGAACAUCCUCUGAGACACAAAGCACUUCUUCUUCCUCUGGCUUCGGCCCCCCUCGGCCUGACAAACGUGCCACAGCCUGCAACCCCCACGGUUCUGCUCCUCUUCAGCCCAGUCCCGUGCUGUGCUUCUGCCCCUCCACAGCACACGUGGAUCCCGCAGCGCUCGGAACUGAACCCCCCUCGGCACCUCCGGCAGCUUCAGUCCAAAACUGGGAACAUCCAAGAACAGUGAACACACAGUAACCUCAAGCCAGUGUUAGUUUGGUGGCCCAGUAACUACUGGUCGGUGUGUGAUUAUUUUUUUUACUAUUUUAUUUUUGUAAGGAAGACUACAGGAUCUUUUUUUUGCAUUAGGAACUGAUCCACAACCGAGAGCAGGCUCGGCCCUGCCAGCAAAACCACCUCGUGGUGACCAGCUGGGGUGUUUUGUUGUUUGAUCUUCGUAAACUGGGACUUUGCAGGAGGAAAAAAAAACCACGACCACAAAACCACACAGUUGUAGUCUCGUAUAAAUAUUGGAGUUUUCUGUCUACCUGGAGUUCCUGUCAGAGUGGAUCGGGAUGAAUGCAUGCAUUUGUUACCUGUCCAUGUAGAUAUGAAUGGUCUGGAGAUACUUUAUUUAUUUUUAGGUUUGGGGAGGGGAGGGAUUAAAUUAUAAAGGACCAGGAACAGUAGAAUAUCUUCAAAAUCCAGCUCCGUUCCACUGUGGGGUUAUUUAUCUACAGACCUCUCACUCUUCUGCCCUAGAAAUCAAAAGUGAAGCUCUUCACAAUCCAAGCUGGGAAGGGAAGGAUAUAUUGCAUUUUCAGGAAUUCUCACCUGGGUUUAGCCUGGUUAAAGCAAGGAAUGGCCAGUGUUCAAUGAAGGAAAACACUACCUAAGGGAGAAGAGUGAGAGAGAGGUAGGGAGGAAAAAUGCUUUAAAGCCCAGCGUGAGGGCGAGUGGAAAGUGGUAAAUUAAUCUAUCCUAGAGCUCUGAUUGAGAUACAUUUCCAGUAAAUUUAGUGAUGCCAGAAAGCUAUUUACUGCAAGCCAGGUGGCCCUGGAAUUCUGGGCACACUCGUCCGUGUACAUAUCCAAAAAUGCGAUUUGGUUUUUUGUUUACACUAAAUCAGUUGCAAACCUGGUGUAUUUUUUUUCUGACUAUAGGAAUAUUAUUUCAAAGAAACAGUUUUUAAACAAACAAGCAAACAAACAGUUGUAUGGUUAAAUUAGUACUUGAAAAAGCAACACCAACCGUGGUGGCAAAGCAGCUCCACUCAGUGGGAUGUUGGGAAGGGAUUUUAUGGCUCCUUCAUUCCAGGCUCCGAGGGGUUGGGGGGUUCCAGCCCCGUUUUCCUCGUGUUUGGGGGUGCACUGGGCAGGGGUUGGGUCACUUUGGUCAGGCUGAGUGACCUUCUGACCUGUCCGGGGAGAAAAAAGAAAAGAAAAAACCACCGAGUUUGAAAAAAAGUUCUUCCAAAAAAAAAAAAAGACUUUUCGUGUGUUCUGGUUAAAAAAAAUAAUAAUAAUAAUAAUAAUUAAAAAAAAAAUUAAAAAAAAAUGAAAUUCUAUGGUUUUAAAAAGUAUUUUUCUUGAGAUGAUGUAACAUUUAAAACAAAUUCUAUAAAAUAAUUAAAAAAAAAAAAGAAAAAAAAGAAUUGCUUGUGUAAUGAGAAGGUGGAGGCAGAGGAGGAGCCUGUAAAUGGAUUAUUUCCUUCUCUGCACACACCUCCACGUGGGUAUCGUAUCCUCUUUGCAAUGUAUAGGUUAAAAAAAAAAAUCUGAUAUCAAACCAUUUGUAUCUAAUGUGUACAGUGUAAAAUUGACUUUAAAAAUAUUGCAGUACUAUUUUUUCUUAAUCAGAAAAGAAAAUUCUCAAGGCCUUUUGAAGAGCAUAAAAAGAUGAAGAUUGUAAACUUGUAUAAAAAAAAAAAAUUUAACUUGGGGAGGAAAAAAAUGUAAAGUAGACAUUUGUAAUCUUUUACCAUUUGGGGGUUAUUUGUUCCCAGGAUUCAUCUGAACUUUGGAUUAUUAUUUUGUUUAUUGUUUUUAAAUGGGCCGUUUUUAUCCAGGGGCGUUUCUUCCCCACAAACCUGGUUCUAAGCAAAAAUUAGAAAUAAAAAAAAAAAAAGGGCAGCAAGGAGUAGUUUUCAUCUGGUGUCUUUUAUUUAAUUUUUUUAAGUUAAGAGAAGCUGGUGACAUAUUUAUACGUUUUUGUGCAAAAUAAAUGAAUGGCAAUAGAUUUUAAAGAAAAAAAAAUCUUAUGUACUUCAGUGUGAAAAGUUCUGUAUAAUAUUUCCCUUAAAUAUGCAUUAUUUUACUUGUGAGUUUUUUACUGAAUUAAUCUGAAAUGUACAAGCCCUGGCUUUCCUACAGAGUGAAGAAACUUAUUUUAUUUUUUCUUUUUCCUUUUUUUUUUUUUUUUAAAUUUUUUUUUUUUUUAAUUUUUAUUUCUAACUUUGGAAAAUCAUGCCUAACUCAGAAUUCUUCUGGCAGUGGUUUGGGCUGACGGGAGGGGAGGGUGGGGAUGUCCAGCAUGCUUGUAUGUAUAUUUCAGAACCUUUUUUAAAUGUAAAAGCUGUACAUUUCUGGGGAGUUCUGAAGUUCUUCUUUUUUUUUUUUUAAUUUCUUUUUUUGUUUUUGUUUUUUUUUGGGUUGUUUUUUUUUCUCUGAGCAUUUUGCAGUGAGCUUCUUUUAUAUAUAGCCGACAAUUUGAAAGAAAACAAAAAAAAAAUGUGAAGUUCAUUUUAAAUCUACAGUAUAUCGCUGGUACAAUACACUAAGAAAAAAGACUUUGAUAAAAAGAAACAAUAAUAAUAAAAGACCUCCAUUUUAAAUGUCAUUCAUAUAUACCUUGUGGAUGAGAGCUAUAUACUUUUACACACUUUUUUAGAUGAAUAAAUUAUUGAAUUACUGAA